AUGAGUGGAGCUGUUCAACCUCAAGAGGCCAUCACGGUCACUCGAGGUGGCCAGGUCGUCGUUAUUAUUCCUUCGAUCAAGACUAAGGAAGUUGGAGCCACUAGCCAAUCAACCCAUGCUAAAGAAACUACUUUGGAGAAGACCAGUGUCAGUCCUGUUGUUCCUACGACUCUUGUAACCUCUGUCCGUACCCAGACUCCCCCUCCAGUGAUUAUCGUGACCCAAGUUAUCACGAUCACUAAGUCGCCACCUCUUUCAUCUGAGGUAUCGACUUCUCUCAGUACUGAGAGGACUUCCACGGCCUUUACUAGAGCUCAAGAGAGCCGUCCAGCCGGUAUUCCAUUCCCAGAUGGACCACUUGGAACUACCGAAGGAACUAGUCCUCUCGAAACCGGCGGCGUCCACGUGCCACAAGAACAAUUCAAUGGUCUUGCUGCAUCUCCAGGUAUUAUCGCCGGCAGUUUUGCAGGUAUCAUUGUAGUCGGUCUCCUUCUCUGCCUUGGAUGCUGGCUUCGACGUAAAGGCCGUGAACGAAGAAUCAAAAUGGCUGGAGCACAUCCUGGCAGCCUUCCUCCACGUGCUCCUGUUCUUCCUCCAAUUAAGAGGUACAUGAACUCACCGAUUUGGUUCGGAAAGAAAACUAAAGCAAAGGCUACCGCAUUGAAGAACUUGCGAGCAGCAUCUGCUGGAGUCGUCACUAAUACGCCAUCGGCUACCACCACUCCACAAACGAAGAAGCCAAAGUCUCCACUAGGAGUUAUUGGCAAUGUCAGUCGAACUCAACCAGAUCCUAAGCGUGAUAUCCUCAGCACCGACGGUGCCACUACUGGCGGCCGAGAAUGUUCUCCACGCCUUCGUAACGAGGAUUUAGAGAUGGGCCUUGAGAAGGAAAAUCGAGCUCCAGCCCAAAAUCACGACACGCACAAGGCUGGGAUCGGAAUGGCAAUUACCGAAGGCGAAUCUAGCACUGGCAAACAAGACUGUUUGAAGAACGCCAGUACCGUUGAUGGGAAUAAGCAACAGAAACACCGCCUUCAAACCAUCUAUGAGGCACCAGCUCAGAACACUGGAGUUCCUGAACCCAGUAACAUUCCAUCCCAGCAGCCUAACCAUCAGCAGCAAUAUACUGCUUACCCAGGUGGUGCUCAGUAUUAA